GACAUGAACUAUACCAACUCCAUAUUAAUGUCAUUCACCCAGAUCCAGUCCUAGCUAGUUACUCCUUCACAGUCACAGUGAAAGUUGGGUGCACUGAGACGAGAAUCCUCGCUACUUUAUAAAGUUCUUCCCGAAGUUGAAGAAGCUAGCUACUUAGCUAGUACAAUCUGUAAAGCUUCUUAAUCUCUGAAACAAAGAGAGAUGGAGGAGGGUCUAAAGCUAGCAGUACUAGUGUGUUGGUCAGUUUUUCUGCUUGGUGUAUUGAGCUUGUUGAUGAGAUUUCUUAGACAGAUGUGGCUGAAGCCUGCAAGGAUACGAUCGGUGCUUUCGAAACAAGGCAUCCGAGGGCCACGGCCUUCUUUUCUGGUUGGGAACGUUCCGGAGAUGCAAAAGAUUCAAUCCAACAUUACCAGCAUGAUCACCCUGCAGAAACAACCAUCUGAUAUUGAUUGUCAACGAGUGCAGCACAAUUGGGAUUCCUCUGUGUUUCCCUACCUUCAGCAAUGGGCACGCGAGUAUGGUCCGGUAUUCUUGUACUCCACUGGAGCCAAACAACACUUGUAUGUGAGCGAUCCUAAGUUGUUAAGGGAGCUGAAGCUGCACAACUCCUUAAACUUGUGCAGACCAACAUAUCUGAGUAAGCCACUAAAGCCAUUGCUUGGUAACGGCCUUAUUGUAGCUAACGGACAUGAAUGGGCUUACCAAAGGAAACUUAUUGCUCCUGAAUUCUUCCUCGACAAAGUUAAGGGCAUGGUAGGUUUAAUGGAGGAAUCAACGAUGGCACUACUGGAGACAUGGGAGAGCCUAAUACUAGAAAGCGAGUCAGGCGUUGCUGAGAUAAGGAUGGAUCAGGAUUUGAAGACACUCUCGGCAGAUAUAAUAUCAAGAGCUUGUUUUGGCAGUUCAUAUUCCCAGGGCAACCAGAUUUUUGCAAAGAUUGCUUUCUUGCAAGACGCUUUGUCCAAACCUAAUAUGCUCUUUGGAUUUCUGAACUUCAGAUUCUUUCGCACUGAGACUGACAAGAAGAUAAGAAGCAUGAACAAAGAGGUGGAUGAUAUGUUACUCAAAUUAGUGAAUGAUCGUCGGGCUCAAAGCAAGUUGGGUGGUGUUGAGAAGAAAGAUCUAUUAGAAAUGAUACUUGAAAGUGCUGCUAGAGAUAAUAGUCAUAAUACUGACAUGCCUCAUUAUAGACAUAAAACAGACCGUUUUAUUCUGGACAAUUGUAGAAAUAUCUACUUUGCAGGUUCUGAGACCACUGCUCUUACAGUUUCAUGGACCUUGAUGCUUCUUUCGUUGCACCCGGAAUGGCAGGAACGUAUUCGCGCAGAGAUCGUUGAGGUUGGCGGAGAUCAUGAACUCUACCAUUGCUUGCAAGACAUGGAUAUAGUCCGCAAGUUCAAAACGCUGACGAUGGUGAUUCUAGAGAGCCUCCGUCUUUAUGGCCCAGGAGUCAUAGCAGCAAGAGAAGCUCUAACCAACAUGAAGUUGGGGGACCUUGAUGUCCCGGAAGGCAUCCACAUGUGGGUUUACCAUCCGGCAUUGCAUCGUGACACCGAAAAUUGGGGUGCGGAUGCUAAUGAGUUUAAGCCGGAGAGGUUUGCAAAUGGAGUGUCUGAAUCGUGCAAGUAUCCCCAAGCAUACAUGCCAUUUGGUUUUGGGACUCGAUUGUGCAUAGGUCAGACAUUUGCCAUGCUACAACUGAAGAUAGUACUCUCUCUGAUUUUAUCCAAGUUCUCAUUCUCCCUUUCUCCAAACUAUCGCCAUUCUCCUGUUUAUAAGAUGUUACUGUUGCCUGAGCAUGGGAUAAGACUCAUUGUGAGGCGUGUGUAG